AUGAAUUUGAUUACACUUAUAACGUACCUUUCGCUGGGUAUAGCAUCCGCCGGGUCUAUCAACAUCACCGACCCGUCAUCGACGGACCCAUUCUUCGUUUCGACUGUGGCCUCGAUUCUACUGUCGAACUUUCAAACCCCUUUCUCACCAACAUUGAUCAGUUACGCUUCUGAAGCAGCAUCGCUGCUUGGGCUAGUCAGCGACGUGCUGAGCACUAUCAGUGGUCGUUUAGUGAUAAGACUCGAUCAGUUCAGUGAAUCGAAGCACGUCAACUACGUUCUAUUCUUCGACGGGUACUUCUCCUUCAGGAGGAUACUGCAAAACGUCGGCAUCCAGGAUGAUCCAAUCACGGGUCGAUGCUUACUGGUGUACAGCGGGACGCAGUUCAACGACAAGAUGGCACGACAGAUCUUCAGCGAUCUCUGGAACAGUCGCAGUGCCGAUGUGGAUUUGAUUUGGAACAAUGGAAGUCGGGCGGAGGUUUGGACGUAUUUUCCGUACACGAAGCCGUUUUGUGGAUCCGUUAAGCCGCUGCUGCUGCGAAGCUUCCGAUCGAAUGAAACGAACUCCCAUCUGCAUUUGUUUCCGAGCAAAACGAACAGCUUCAAGGGUUGUCCACUGAAGGUUGGCAGCUUCCCGAUCGCUCCCUUUAUAAUAUUUGAAGAUGACGACCCGGACGAACUCCGUGGGAUAGAAGGAGAUUUGCUGAAGUUGUUGGCGGAGAAGUUGGACUUCACGAUCAGCAUCAUUGAACCAGCUAACGAGACACUGUGGGGAAGUGAAGAUGGUGAGAACAGCACCGGUCUCGUUCGACUGAUUUACGACGAAGAGGUAGAGUUUGGGAUCAGUGCUAUGGGCAUCACGGCGGGGAAGAAUGCUUUUCUCAAGCCCGGAGUAUCACAUCAUGUGGCCAAGCUGGUGCUAGUGGUUCCACCCGGGCGAGAGUUUUCCGCCUUCGAGAAGCUUUUUCGACCACUUGCGGCCAACAGUUGGGCCACGAUUGGGGCCUAUACCGGUGUGGCAGUGGUGGUUAUCACGGUGCUCGAGUUCAAUCCAAUCCCGGUUCGGGAAUUUGUCUACGGGCGGGGCGUUCGGACGCCAUAUCUAAAUCUGUUUCGGAUUAUGAUCGGCUGUGAAAUUUCUCCAACUCCGGGACGGAAUUUCUCACGCUUUCUUUUCGUCUCAUGGUCGCUCUUCGGCUAUUGGAUUCGAACCGUAUAUUUGGGUUCUCUAUUUCUGUGCCUGCAGAAUAGUCAUAGCUACCCUCCGAUGAGUACACUGGAAGAAUUUAGGAGUUCGGGUGCAAAUUUAUAUACGAUCACUCCUUUGCUGCAGAUGUUCGAUAGUUUCCCGGAAAUCAUGCCACGUGUUCGUGAGCUACCUUCGAAAACGAAUAUCAUGGCGGUGCAUAUCAAAUGGAUGCUGGAAAAUCCGAGCGUCAGAGAUGUGCUCUUCUGUUCGACAGAUUUCGCUGCUCGCCACAACAAAUUGUACCGCUGGACAGGACAGUCCAUCGCAAUCACCCGAGAGAUGGUAGCCUCGUAUACAAUGGCAAUCUACUACCCGAAAAGGUCGAUAUUGACAGAUCGAUUCGAUUACGAAAUUAUGCGGUUUCAAGCCGCCGGGUUGUUCACGGUGUGGAUCAAUCGAUACGGAGAUUAUAACUUUUUCCAGAAGGAAAUCAUCAACAAAGUACCGGAUCGGCUAAGCAACAGUCAUAUUUUGGGUGCAUAUGAGAUUUAUGCAAAUCGCAUUCAAACCAACGGAACAACUCGACCGCUCUCCAAUAUGUUGUUGGCGCUGCUUCUACUCACUUUUGCACCUCUCCAUCCAUCCAGUCAAGAUUUAUCUCAUCUCACACCGCUCACCGAGCAUUCCCCGCUGAGCGAGGCUACAGCUGACAUAAUAUCACGAUUCUACACGGUCGAAAGCAACCAAAUCUUUAUCCGUCGACGUGCUAGCGAUCCCAACAAUGUGUACACUCAUCGCGAUAUCGUUAACGAGAUCGUACUCCAUACCGAACCACGAAUCACCGUCCAGCUGGAAACCUAUCGGAGCGCCAUCCUGAAUCAAUCCCGGAAGCACAAUGUGUUUCUUGUGGAUGACUACGAAGCCUUCCGAAGGAUCAGUGAGGGAAUGAAAAUUCGUACCUACGACUACACCGGGUAUUUCCUGGUGAUUGUGAGCGAUUCGGCGAAGAAAGGCUUCAACACGGUUCAGAUGAUCAUGAAUGAUCUGUGGUCCCACUAUAUCCUGAACGUGGCCGUUUUGAUGAUGUAUGCAGAUGUUCCGAAAAAGGUAUAUUACUACACGUACUUCCCAUAUGGCAAAGACUACUGCGAACAGGUCCGACCCAGACUCUGGAAAGUUUUCGAUGGGCACCGAUGGACGGAAAGUCCGAAGAAUGCAUUCUUCCCAGACAAGCUGAAAAAUUUUCAUAGUUGCCCCCUGAAAGCGGCAACGUUCGACAUUCCACCGUUUAUGAUGCUGCAAUACGGAAGUGAUGGAAAGGUUGCGUCUACAGAUGGAUUGGAAGGAAUUGUUACGAGAGUUCUGAGCCAGCAGCUGAACUUUACUGUGGACAUUGUUGUUGUGGAUCCUCCAGAUUGGGGAAUUACUGCGACGCGAGGUAUGAGUACAGGUGCAAGUAAAUAUGUUCGCGAUCGCAUUGUGAACUUCACCAUAGGAUACUGGUCAACGACCUUGGACAGGAAUCGAUACAUGGGAAACACUUUCACCCACUACACCUCUUUGAUCACCACUGUAGUACCCCCCGGUUAUCCGUACACAUCGCUAGAGCAGCUUCUACUCCCUUUCAAGUACAUCAUAUGGUCUUGCCUAGUAACCAUACUGCUGAUCGCGGCAAUCGUCAUUUGGACUCUCAAGACACGAAGCCCAAAAGUACAGCGCUUUGUUUUUGGACGCUCGACAACCACUCCGUUACUGAACACCGUAAACAUUUUCCUAGGCGGAUCACUUCCCCGUUCACCGGGGCGCAAUUUCUCCCGCACUCUCCUCGCAGUGUGGCUCCUCUACGGCAUAGUGAUCCGCUCCUCAUACACCAGCGAACUGUUCAACUUCCUUCAGCUACAACCUAACAAAUCCACCCCGAGAUUAGUCACGGACUACAUCGCCCAGGACUACCAAAUCCGAAUGGCUCGCAACUACACGUACGUUUUCGACGCCUUCCCUUACAUAAUCCCGCACCUCCGAGAGACCACCCUGCAGCAGUUCUUCGCCCACCAUGUUGACGAACUACAGCUGCCCUCCACGCGGUACGUGAUGCUGAUGCCGAUCGAGUCGGCUGCCUUCUACAACCGGUUCUUCGUCAAACAAGGCAAACCAAUGCGCGUUUCCGGUGACCGGGUGUACUCGUCGAAACUGACGAUAUACUCCCAGCGUGCGGCACCGGUACUGCGUCCGUUCGAUCGGGUUCUCCGUCAGUUGAUCUCUGGCGGUUUGAUUGACCAGUGGGCGUCGUUUUUCUACCAACCGGUGUUCUUGAAGGUGGAACACGGAUCGGAUGAACCGCGGCCGAUGACCGUGCUGCAAGUGAUGGGGUGUCUGAAACUGCUGGCGGCGGGACUUGGGUUCAGUGUGCUUGUAUUCGGAAUAGAAUGCGUGGUAGGACGAGUGAAAAGCGGAAGGCGUUCGAAGAAAAGUCACUGA